UCCAUGCAACGGUUAUUCAUCAAGCCGAGACGACAGCCGUAGGAACUUCGAGAUAUUUGCUGUCUAUUUCUAGACCUAUUUUAGAUACUGAGGGCUACAUAAAGGAUUUUUUAUAUAAUACUUCGAGUUCAUCUUGGUCGAUACAUUUUUGUGAAUUGUGUUAGCCGAGUAAAACUAAAAGGAGUGAUAUAAUGGCGUCAGAAGCACAGCUGCUUAUCAGUGUAUCACUGAAGAAAAUUGCAGGAUCUCGCCAUCAGAAGGGAGGAAUUUGCCUUCGAAAAAACCUACUCGUAGCCGGUGUACUAAACUCGGCAAGGACAAUAUAUUACGAAGAUAUGUGCAAUAAAAUGUCUAGAGCAACGUCUUAUAUGGACACCGAGGAGACGAAGGGUGUAGAGGAAGAAAAUUUUGAUAUUCACGAGGAGAGUUCGGUCGAACAAGAAGCGUCAGGCCCGCGUGACUUGACGCCGGCGGGAAACAAUAGCGUGGAGGUCGAGCUUCCCGCUGUCGAACAGCCUGAGUAUACAGACAAUGAAUACGCUAUAGUUACGCAACCAGAGCUUAGAGGUGAAGCAAAACUUGAAGAAGCUGAGAAAGUAACUACCGACAGACCUGCUCUACUUGAUAUUUCGAAUAAUGUUGUUAAAACUUCAUCUAUUGAAAACAAUUCAAAUUGCAGUUCUUGUAGUCGAAAACGGCGUAUUUCAAACGAUCAUCAAACGGACAAUUUAUCAAAUGCCAAAAAGGCACGCACAGACUGUGGUGUACAAUCGACAGGCGAUAUGUCUGAAAAUCAACAAUCUAUUACAAGUUUAGUGAACAUAUUUAGGGCUGGAUUUUCAGGACUUUCUAAAGAGGAAUCCUCCGAAAAAACAGGUGCUACAACAAAAGACAAUCGAAUUACAACAUAUGUUUCUGGACUUACAUCAGCAUUCCAGGCGAUACAGCGACCGAUAGCAGCAUUUUGAUUUGCCUUUAUGUUGUUGGGGAUAUUUUGUUACGUUUAUGGACAUUAAUUUAUUUUCUUGUCAAUUAAUUACGCUUUACUAUGAUUUAUUUCGUAAUACUAUAUGCGAGAUCUUAGUUGGAUCAUCGUAUAUCCCGUAUUCAAGCGUAACUCGUCUUGUGGACAGGAUAUAUCCAGUGCAAGGAUAUACACAUAGGGCCUAAUCAUUAUAAUUAUUUAUUGUUUAAUUAGGCCUUUGAAAAAAGCCUCGUGUAUAAAUGACCUUCCAGAUGCAUUCUGCACCACGUCAUAUCCGUGCUGUUUAUUUCAUACUAUUUCCGUUCGUAAUCUUUAUUUCCGUGUUGUCUCUGGAAAAUGUAUUUCCAAUACUAUGUGUUGAAACUACUCGAAUAAAGAUGACGAUUAACUGUCAUUGAUAUAUCAAUA